AUAGGUGGUUAUUUUCGGUUUUCAUAAUAGGUUUUUUAGGAGUUAUUUUCUGAAUUAAAUUAGGAAGCCAAGUGAAGUUAUUAGUCGGUUUUUAAGUAGUUUAUUUCUGAAUUAUUAGGUGGUUCUGAGUCGAUUUUGUAAUAGGAAUUAAUGGGCGGAAGUUACAUGAGAAGUUACUCACAAGAUGGACGAUUAUCAAAGGAUGAUAACCGGCCAUAUGGAGUAACUCCCACACGCCACUUCAGUCGGUUAUGCACGGUUUGUGGGGAAUCGGUUUUCGAGUUAGGUUCUUACGUUUUAUUGUCUAUAUAAAUAGCUUAGCAUGUAAUACAUUUUUAGAAAGUUGAUUAAUGAUAAAGAAAACCCGAAACACUUGUUUCAAAUCCCCGUUGUUUGUAUGACUCUUGGAUUAGAGUCGUAUUUGCAAAAAUUCUUAUACUUGGUGUAUUUGGCACGUGCACCUGCCUUAAAAGCGUCAUUACUUGCUACGUGGAUUCAUAGUGAGUUUCGAUUUUAGCCAUAACUAUCCUCUAUUUGCAUUUUCGAAAAUCAAACAGAAAACACAAAAAAAAUUCAGUCCUUGCAUUCGACAUUAACCACCUUUCAUUCCCUUCAUCGUUCUUUCAUCGUUUUUUCUUUCGAUCCGUGAUUAAGGCUUGUAAGACCCCUAAGGAUUAGGCGAUCUUACAACAUCCUGGGUUUGAUCUCGUUGUUCUUCCAUAGCCUACCAUGUACUAAAAAAACAAUUGUGCUCUUACCACCAAGUCACUUAUCAAUUUUUCUAUUGUAAAUGUUCUCUCUUAGACUUAGACUACAGCAACUAAUCUGUCGUUUUGAAACCACAUCAGCCAUGUUAAUAUGUUAUCAUUUUAAGUGAUAGCUAUUUUUAGAAAAGUCUAAAACAGUGAACUGGCAUUACGUUGUUAAUGUGAGAGUAUGAAGCUGCUGAGAAAGAUCAUUAUAAAGGUCAGUGAUUGCGUGUUUCAAGUGACCUGUUUUUCUCUUUGGGUCCUACUAAUUAUAGAUUUUGUAGGAGUUGAUGAAAAUGAUAGGCAGGGGCGUAUUUAGACCCAGGCUGGUAUGGCCAUGGCCCGGGUCAUGAAAAAUAAAAUAAUAUGUUAAAAUGAUGUUCAGUGUUUGAACCCACGACUUUCUAUGCACUUUGACAAAGGCGUUUCCAGCUAAUUACACCAGGCCAAAUGAGAGGUCAUAUAAUAGUGGCCCAGGUAAUAAAUUUUUCUGGAUUCGCUGAUGAUAGGGUGGUUGAAGGGGAGGAGAAAUGACUUGGAAAAGUUGCCAACAUUUUCGAGUCAAUUCUUUUUAAUAAAAAUUAGUUGACUAUAGCUCUCAAUGAAUGUAGAAACACUCAGAUAGUAGUCUUUGGAAAAUAAUAUCUUUACAUACGUGCUUAAUUUGGAGUUGGACCAACCAUCAUUUUAUAAGUAUAAGGAAUAAUUUUAUGCAAUACAAACAUAAAAAAAUGAUAAUAUCACUGUUUUUGCUGUUGUUGAAGCUGCAAUCACUAUCACAGCUAACUGUUUCUUCAUCCUCCUUGAAGAGAACUUCACCUAUUGCAAAGCCUAAUUGCUCAGAUCAUUGUGGUAAUGUCAGGAUUCCAUAUCCCUUUGGGAUUGGUGCUGGCUGCUAUUAUAAUGAAUCCUAUGCAAUCAUUUGUAACACUUCUUUUUCUCCCCCUAAACCAUUCUUGUAUCAUUUUAAUCUUGAGAUAUUGGACAUAAAUUGGUCUGGCAGAAAUUCAAAAGGAUACGCACUUAGUGAUGAGGAGGCAUCUGAGCAAAUUCUUUUAGUGGGGAACAUCCUUCAAAAUAGAUGUAGAAGUCAUGGUGGUGAUGCUGCUGAGCUGGUUGACCUCCAAAAUAGUCCGUAUCGCUUUUCAAGAUGGUUCAAUGUUUUUGCAGUGAGCGGUUGUGGUGUUAAUGCUGUAUUGAAGAAUAGGGAUGGGGAUAUUGUGACUGGAUGUGCUUCAAUGUGCAUGAAUGAUACUUCUAUGACAAAAAGUAGCAACUGUUUUGGGGUUGAAUGCUGCCAGGCUACCCUCCUGUCAUCUCCAACUGAUGAAUAUAUAGAAAGAUCAACUGGUCUUGAUUUUUAUGAGAUUGUGUCGAGUUCCCAGACAUGCAAUGUGGCUGCAGGCUUGGUCGAUAUUCGCUCCCUGAUUAAUUUCUCUGGGAAUAUCUCAAGUUCUGAAUUAUUUCCAACGGUAUUAGAAUGGAGAACUGCUGAUAUUGCACCAUCUGAGACUUUUUAUUGUGAUGACUACCAAGGCGGCUCUCAAAGCUGUUCGUGUUCGGACUACCACGGCUAUAAAGGAAACCCUUAUCUUCCAAAUGGAUGCCAAUUGGUGAAAGAAUGCCAGAAGUGUAAACAUGGUUGUGCUUUAAAUCAUACAGAUUCUGGAGUUGCUUAUUAUUUUUGUGAGAAGCAUCAUUUGCUUAAACUGUCAUCUAUUCUUGGAUUCAGCAUAAGCACAGGAUCCGUGAUUUUACUCCUAGGUUGUUAUUGGCUUUACAGAUUUGGAAAAAGGAUAAAAGCAGUUAAGCAAAAAGCUAAAUACUUUAAGAGAAAUGGUGGUUUACUAUUGCAGCAGCAAAUAUCUUCUAGAGAUGGUGUUGUAGAUAAAACUACAAUUUUUACUCUCAGCGAGUUGGAGAAAGGGACGAACAAUUUUAGUGAAGACAGAAUACUUGGCCAAGGAGGACAAGGUACUGUCUACAAAGGAAUGUUAGUGGAUGGAAGCAUUGUUGCCAUUAAGAAGUCUAAAGUGGUAGACAAGAACCAGUUGGAACAAUUUAUCAAUGAAUUGGUUAUUCUUUCUCUUGUCAAUCACCGGAGUGUGGUCAAAUUACUGGGAUGUUGUUUAGAGACAGAAGUUCCAUUGCUUGUUUAUGAGUUCAUCGUAAAUGGAACAUUGUACCAACAUCUUCAUGACCCAAAUGAAGAUUUUCAUAUUACUUGGAAAAUGCGCUUACAAAUUGCCUCCGAAUCAGCUAGUGCUCUAACAUAUCUACAUUCUUCUUCUUCUGCUCCAAUAUAUCAUAGAGACAUUAAGUCCUCCAAUAUACUUUUAGAUGACAAAUACAGGGCAAAAGUUUCAGACUUUGGAACUUCGAGGGCUAUUACCAUUGAGCAAACACAUGUUACGACAUGUGUUCAAGGUACAUAUGGUUAUUUGGAUCCCGAGUAUUUUCAAUCAAAUCAGUUUACUGAAAAAAGUGAUGUUUAUAGUUUUGGAGUAGUUCUUGUCGAACUCUUAACAGGGAAAAAACCGGUUUUCCCCACUACAUCUGGUGGGUGGAUGAGCUUGGCUACUGAAUUCCUCUUUCAAAUGGAAAAUUCUUGUCUGUUUGAUAAUUUGGACCCUCGGAUUUCUGAAGAGGCCAAGAAAGAUGAGUUAAUAGUAGUUGCUAACCUUGCAAGGCAAUGCCUGAAUAUGAAUGGAAAAUUGCGGCCCACAAUGAGAGAAGUCGCUGUCCUACUUGAAGUAAUCAGAUCUCCCCAUUUGUCCAAGCCAACAGGAUCAAAAUGUUUAGACAGUGAGUUUGUGGUGAAGGAGUAUAAUAGUCCUUGUAAUACAGAGACAGCCUUUUUUGACUGUAGCUCCUGCACUUCAUGGUCUAUUGAAGGCAUGCCACUAAUUUCUGGUAACUGAAUGUUAUAGGGACUUCCAAGUGAUUUUUUGAAGCUUUAUAGGUAACUUUCAUUUGUUUACUUUGUCUGUUUGAUGACAUUUGGAGGUUUACCUGUUUGGUCAUUCUGUUCUGGUUGUUGAUAUAGAAAUGGAUCGUGUUUUGUUGUUCAUCUUUCCUUUACUUAGAAAUUGAUGCCAAUAUUUUUAUCUUGUAUGUUUUUAGUUGAAAGAUAUUUUAAAAGAGAAGAAUCUAAGGUAUACUUAUUUUACUGCCUUUAAGUUUACGUUUUAAUCAUUGUGCAAAAAUAAGGCUGGAUCUACAUAUCGUAGCCAUAUCUCAAGAUUUUUGAGUUUACCACCAUUGAAAUAUAGGACAGAAUGACCAUAAAAUCCAUUUUUCCAUGGAAUAAAAAUUCUCAUUACAUUUCGUAAUGCCCGUUAUAUGACAUGUUGGAGAGUUGAUAGUCACAAUCAUAGUCAUCAACUCAGUAUCCCCGCACAAAGUAAGGUCUGGGGGAUCGAAAGGUAAGGAACAUGUCAUACCUGCACCCCCUCCGAAGAGAGGACAAAGAGGAAUGCACGUAGUCAAAUAAACCCCCAAAUAGACAGAGCCUCGCAAAGAGAGAUGUGUGACACCACUCCUCAUGAGAAGCGCUACCUGUAAAACGCCGUAUAACCUGUUUGAGGGCUUGAGAGUUGAUGUGAUGUUAAAUCUCAUUAUAUAAUGGUCCAUAAGUUUUGACAGUCAUGUUUUGACCGUUAAUUAACGUGUAAUGCCCAUUAUUUCACCAUUACAACAAUAUUUUACCGUUACAAUAUUAUUUGUUUUCUCCAGUUAAAAUU